GGGCAGUGAAGCCAUAUUGGAUGCGCAAAUAAAAUGUUUGUUGUUUCUGGUUACUGGUUAGCUUGGUAAAAACUGAAAACCAAUUUUGUCGUUCAAUUCCUAUUUUAAUAAAUUAUGGCAUUGUUCAAUGUAAUUUAAAUUAAAUUCUGUAUUAUUCAUUAAAUAAUUUUAGAUAAAAAUUAUUGUGCUCACGUCGAUAGAAUCUUCCUGUUCAUCAGAUCUGAUGCUGACUCCUAGCAUCUCGAUCUCAAAAUGAGCAGUAACCAUCACAUGGGAGCUACCACUCCCAACGGAGAGAUUGAGCACAUGAAUUUUCUGUCAGAGCACAUAGGUGCUCUGUACCUCAACGAUGCUUACAGCGAUAUUGUACUUAAAGUUGAUGAUACCAGGUUUCAUGCACAUAAAGUCAUACUGGCAGCUAGAAGCGAAUAUUUUCGCGCUCUUCUAUAUGGAGGCAUGAAGGAAUCUCAUCAAGCGGAAAUCGAACUGAAGGACACGAGUAUUGAAGCAUUCAAGGCUCUGUUGAAAUAUAUUUACACUGGUCAUCUGUCUCUGACGUCUGUCAAGGACAUAGUUCUGGACAUGCUGGGACUGGCACACCAGUUCGGCUUCGUUGAGCUGGAAGCGGCAAUCUCAGACUACCUGCGUCAGACGCUGAGCAUUCAGGACGUGUGUGCUGUGUUCGACGCAGCCAGGCUCUACCACCUGCACUAUCUGACCAAGGUGUGCACCACCUUCAUGGACUCGCAUGCUACGCACAUCAUUGCGCAUCCCACCUUCAAUCAGCUCACUGCGAGUGGCCUGAAGGAGCUGGUAGAUCGAGACUCGUUCUUCGCGCCGGAAGUCGAUAUUUUCCGCGCGGUGGUGGAGUGGAUACGCGCCAACAACGUGGCAGCCGGAGCACAGCGAGACUCGAUACUCGAAUGUGUUCGACUGCCGCUGAUAUCGAUAGUCGAUCUGUUGACGGUUGUAAGGCCACAGCAGCUGGUCAAGUCGGACACCAUUUUGGAUGCCAUUCAGACCACUGUGUCGAGGGGUGUGGUGCGGCGGAGGGGGUGUCUAUUGCCCGAGGAGAACAUGGCGCACCCGAAGUUCGGCACGCAGGUGUUGUCGGGUGAGAUGCGGUCAGCGCUGCUGAACGGCGACUCGGUGAACUACGACAUGGAGAGGGGCUACACACGACACACCAUUGUGGACCCAGGCCAGGGUCAGGCGGAGAGUGGUAUUCUGGUCAAGCUAGGCAAACAGGCCAUUGUCAACCAUGUCAGGAUGCUGCUAUGGGACCGUGAUCUCAGGUCGUACUCGUACUACAUAGAAACGUCGAUGGACCAGAAGGAGUGGACGCGUGUGGUGGACCACAGCCUGUACUACUGUCGCUCGUGGCAACUGCUGUACUUUGAGCCGGUGGUGGUGCGCUACGUGCGGCUGGUCGGCACCAACAACACUGUCAACAAGGUGUUUCACGUCGUCUCCUUCGAGAUCAUGUGGACGGCCGCGCAGUUCCAAAUCGACAAGGGACUCAUAGUUCCGAGGCAGAACGUGGCGACGUAUCCGUUCAGUGCGACCGUGGUGGAGGGGGUGAGUCGAAGUAGGAAUGCCCUCUUGGAUGGCAACACAAGCAACUAUGACUGGGACUCUGGCUAUACGUGUCAUCAGCUGGGCAGCGGCUCCAUACUGGUGCAGUUGGGUCAACCCUACAUGAUCGACUCCAUAAGACUGCUAUUGUGGGACUGUGACGACCGGAGCUACAACUACUACGUGGAGACAUCAGUGAACAUGGCCGACUGGGAGUUGGUGUGUGACAAGACCAACGACAACUGCAAGUCCUGGCAGACGAUUCGCUUCGACAGGCGGCCCGUCGUCUUCAUACGCGUCAUCGGUACUCACAAUACAGCCAACGAGGUAUUCCAUUGUGUGCACCUUGAGUGUCCCGCUCAAGUGCCCACCCCUGAAGAUGGCACCUCCCCCCGCACCCAAGGGCAAACUCAAGGUCAAUUCCCAUCCAGUCAAGGUCAAGGCCAGCAGUCACGUGAUAAUUGCAAGCCGGUGGGCAAAGUAGAGAGACAGCAGAGAGGCGGCCAUUUUGUGUGGCACUCAGCCGCCCCCGGGGAUGCAGAGGCGGCGGGUGGUGGAGGGGAACAGGAGUGGGUCACCGCCCCCCAAACCAUUGAAGAUGCCGCCCCAAGCGACGAUGAAAAUACUAAUGAAACCACAUGAGCUUCAAUCACAUCGACCAUCAACUUGGUCCAAUCGCUAUGCAAAUUUAGAUUCUUCUGGAAUGAAAAUUUCUGCUGUACAUUUACCAAUUUACCAACACUAGACUAUAUCUAACAACUUCUAUCUGUAAAAACUUUGAUUACUCCACUAUGCUUCAAACUCACGUUUUUGUAUUUUAAGGGCCGGUUUCCGAGCUCGGGAUUUAGCUGAGUUCUACACUUUUAACAGCUGGAGUCAGAAAAUUGGCUUUCCGAGACGGGGCGUAGUCGCAGUCCACGUUUAAAUUAAUCUUCGAAAAACUAGAAAAUCAAGACAAAAUAAAAUAAAGAGAAAAUAGUGUAAAGUUUCUCAGCUAUUUUGAAUUAUUAUUUAGAAAUCUUCCAUUUCGUCAAGGAAAAAAUGUUUUCAAUUAUAGAAUGAGAAAAUGAAGAUUUAUUCUGCUGCGACUAUUUAGUGCGACUACGCCCCGUUUUGGAAAGCAAAUUUUCUGAUUCCAGCUGUUUAAAGUCUAGAACUUACCUAAAUCCCGAGCUCGGAAACUCUUAGUUCUACAUUUCACCAUUUUUUAAUUUGUUCUGAUUAUAAUCUUUCAUAUUUUCGUGUUGGUUUCCUAUUUCUAGCUAGUCUGUGAAAAACGCUUGUGUCUGUUAAUAUAUUUAUAAUCUCUCAAUGUUUUAAAUUUGUGAGUUUAUGAAUUACUGUAAAAUAUAAUAUUAGAGUUUGUAUAAAAGUGUUGUAUUAUUAUUUUAUUGAAAAUGUAAGUAGGCUACAUAUUUUUCUUUGUUAACGAAAAUAUUCCAGUUAGACGCAUCUCAGAAACGGAACAGUAUUCUAGAAUUAAAAAUAUGAUGAUAUAAAUUCAAAUCAAUAUUACUUUGUUGAGUUGUAAAUCUAGAUUGUAAUCCUCUAGUACUUUUGUGUAUAAUCUGUUGAUUUUCGUAUGUAGAUAAAAUUCUAUUGUUAAAGUUAUGUAACUUAUAUUUUUGUAUGAUUUCAAUUGUUGAAAAUAAUUAUUAUUCAUUUGAAA